AUGACAAGGCUGAAGGAGCGCUUCAGCAAGGAGGCUCGGAAGGCCACUGCUUCAACUCCUCUCAGCGAUCCGCCAGCGCGGCAGGAGACCGGCGGCGUUCUGAAGGUCACAACCGCAAAAGAGACCGAUGAGGUUGUGAGAAGCCUGAGAACUUCAAAAGCGCCGCUGGCUGUGUUCUCGGAGGUCAGCGAAGACACUCUGAG